AUGGAGGAGAGCCUCGAACACAGGCUGCAGCAGCAGGAGAGGUUCCUGGCAGGGCGGUGCCAGUUCUGCCCAGCCGGCUGGCUCGGGGACACGGGGAAGUGCUAUUACUUUUCUUCAGCCAAGAGGGACUGGGCCAAGAGCAAAGAGGAUUGCUGCUCCCGGGGCGCCCAGCUCGUCACCAUCAGAGCCAACGCCACGCUGGCCUUCCUGCAGCGCGUGUCCAAGAGCAACACGUUCCACAUUGGGCUGAAGAAGGAACAUGCCGGGCGUGACUGGAAGUGGGUGGACGGCUCUGCACUGAACGGGCUCUUCCCAGUGACGCGCUCCACCGCCUCCUACCUGGCUUGUGGGAGGGUGUCGGGCCGUGGGCUGUCGGACGGGUCGUGCACAGACCCCUGCCGCUGGAUCUGUGAGCAGAGUGCCCUCACCUUGCAGUGGGGCCACGGCUCUGCCCCUCCCACUUUCCUGUGGGGGAACACGACCUACACCUGCAUCGAUCCCGAGUGA